UUGCUGAGCAGCAGCCAGUCGUAUUUUUCCCCUCGCUGAGCUCACUCUCAUACUCUGCUCUGACUCUCUCGGCUCCGCGGACAGACGAGACCUCUCCUCUCUUGCUCCUCUUCUUCACUCUCUCUCUCUCCUCUUCCUGUCUGUUAUUUCAUUGCAUCUUCUACCUUUAUCUGUUUUUUUUUUUUUUUUUUUUUUACAUUUCUCCCUCUAUCUCACCCCCCCCCACCGUCCCCCCCACCCCCCUGUGCCAGGGGCAUUAGUGGGGGUCCCAGAGAGUGUGUGUGUAGUGAGUGAAAGUGUUGGGUUUCGGCAUGGAAGCAAUGGCACUGUAUACGUUUCGCGCCACAGAGGGUGAUGAACUCAGUUUCAACAAGGGAGACUUGCUCAAGAUUACCAACAUGGAGGAUGAUCCUAACUGGUACACAGCUGAGCUCCACAGCAGAAAAGGCUUUGUGCCGAAAAACUACAUCAACCUGCGGCCACAUGCCUGGUUUGCCGGUCGUAUAUCUCGCGGUGUGGCAGAAAGUCGACUCAGACACAGGGAGUGCGGGGCUUUUCUGGUCCGAGAGAGUGAGAGCGCCCCUGGAGAGUUCUCCAUGUCUGUCAGUUACGGGGACCAUGUUCAGCAUUUCAAGGUGCUGCAGGAUCGCUGUUGUCAGUACUACGUGUGGGACGAGCUCUUCCCCUCUCUGAAUGAGCUGGUGGAGUUCUACCAUAGCAACAGCAUCGCUAAGGAGAGGACCGUCUUUCUGAGAGACCCUGAGCACUUCGCCAGGCGUCCCCAUCAUGCCCACGCUCUCUUCGACUUCGCUCCCCACCACCCGUCCCAGCUACGCUUCCUGCGAGGUGAUGUCAUCGAACUCAUGGACUGCUCCGAUUCGCUGCGCUGGAGGGGCCGUUGCCACGGACACGUAGGCUACUUCCCCCCGGAGUACGUCCAGCCCAUUUACCACUGCCAAUGACCCAGCACGUCAAUCAAAUACGCAGCCAUUCCCACAGGUUCAUCAGUGAGCUGUCAUGACCCCGCCCUAAUUCACACUGCUCCCCCACUCUGCACUUGCCCAUUCACUUUUGGAGAAUUGACGAGCUGCAACUGUACUGCUCAUUAUGUAACUGACUCCUCCCGUUUCCCCAUCGUGAUGCCACCUGCCAGCCUUGCCCAAUCAGCUGCUACAGGCUCAUCAAUCGCUUCCACUUGAUCCACAACUCCACUUACUCUUUAAUCAUGUAAAAUAAAAAAAAUAUGACUGGACCUAUACACUGUGGAGAACUCACAUACUGUAAAUAUGCACACACAGACUGACAAUCAUCCCCAGGCAUAAUCAUUAAUAGAGCUUAUUAGCACUGGUGCAGGCUGAAUAAAAGCAACACACACACACACACACACCUCAUGAAAUAAGUGUGGCCCAUAGGAGGUUGUGGAGGAAUGGCAAGGUUUUCUCCGCUGAAGAGGAAUUAGGAUUUACUCCAGUAUUUUCCUGCCGUUCCCACGAAAGAGAUCCGGUGAGCUGAGCAGAGAGACACAGAGAGUCAUUGUUGUGAAUAUUUGGGCCAGAGGAUACUGACACAGCAGAUUGCACUCUCGCUGUGUGUGUGUGUGUGUGUGUGUGUGUGUGUGUGUGUGUGUGUGUGUGUGUGUGUGUGUAGGGGAUAGUGUAUAAAAUGUGCGUCUGAACACAUGUAAACUUGCAAACUUUAAGUAUCUUUAUUGUGUGCAGAGGAAAAGUAAAUGCAUGUGUAUAUGGGUUUGUGUGUGUGUGUGUGUGUGUGUGUGUGUGUGUAUGUGUGUGUGUGUGCAGCCCUGUGCUCUGUGGGCCAAUAAAGGAGGUUACUAUGUUAAAGUGACCAGUGAGGUGAACAAUGCCCAGACAUCACUCGGUUUUAAAAUACACAGCUUAAAAACAAAUACGCUCAACUCAAUUUAUGAAUCAUUUGUUUCCAUGUAUUUAUUAUUAUUCAUGUGUAAUCUUAGAAUACAUAUAUUACAAGUAAGAUAAAACAUUGUGAAAAAGUUUUGGUUCUGUUGCAACGAAUGGUUAAAGAAAACGUAAGAACGUGGACCGAUCUUCCUUAACAUGUAAUGACAAAUAAUUUAAAUAAAGUGAUACAUUUACCUCUUUGAA